UAGUAUUUGUGUAACAUUUCCGGACAUUAGUGUAGGCAAAUUGAGGAAGGCGGGAGAAAAGAACUCAAAUGAAAAACCAACACUUAAUUUUCCCUCUCUAUGUUCUUCCCCUCUCUCUUCCCAAUUCAACAAACUCUUAUUAAAACCCUCUUUAAUCUUUAUUCGUCGUUCUAACACUAUUCAUCAUUAACAAUGGCGAAAUCACCAGAUAAAAUUGUAGCCCAAGUCGGCGAACAACUCGCUAAACAAACUCGCCUUACCAAAGAUUUUCUUGUCAAAUCACUUCGUCAAGCUGUGAGUGCUUUACUGGACCUUGAUCAGUGUGCGUCGCUUAAAUCUUCUUUAAGGCCGUUGAGUCAUUCUCUCAUAAAGCAAGGACUGCUUCGCCACAAAGACAAAGAUGUUAGACUUCUGGUUUCUGUUUGUUUAUGUGAAAUUAUUCGGAUCCUUGCACCUAAACCACCAUUCAAUGACAAAGCUUUCAAGGACAUUUUUGAGCUUUUUGUCAGCAUGUUUAUGGAGCUUGCUGACACCACUAGCCCUUAUUUUUCAAAAAGGGUUGAAAUGUUGGAGACUAUUGCAAAACUAGAAUGCUGUCGUCAGAUGCUCGAUCUUGACUGUGAUGAUUUGAUUCUCAAAAUGUUCAAUACGUUCUUCUCUGUUGUAAGAAAGGAACACCAACAGAGCUUGAUUAGCAGCAUACUGUCCAUAAUGUCACUUAUAUUGAAGGAAAAAGAAGAUAUUCAACCACUUAUGGAAGUGAUUUUGCAGAAUCUAAGAAACACAAGAGAGGGUCCUGCUCCUGCCUUUCAUCUUGCUAUUGCUCUAAUUCAGAACUGUGCAGAACCUGUGGAGCCUGCUAUUCGUCGAUGUUUGAUAUCAUGCAUUUCAGAUGGAGAGGAAGUGGCAAGUGACGGGAAGGAAUGCUACCUAGAAUGUAUAUAUGAAAUCUUUCAGCGCAUGCCACAUAUGAUUCACGCUGUUGUCCCAAAUUUGGCCCAAGGAUUAGUGAGUAAUCAAGUGGACGUUAGAAUAAAAUCUGUUAAUGUCAUUGGAAAGCUUCUAGCAUUGCUUCAAGAUAAGGGUAUACAUGAACAUCAUUACUUAUUCGUUGAGCUUCUGAAAAGAUUUUCUGACAAGUCAGCUGAAGUCAGAAUUAAUGUUAUACGAGCUGUUAAAAUAUGUUACAUGGCUAACCCAUUUGCAACAGAAUCAGACCAAAUUCUUUCUUCCGUUGAAGGACGCUUACUGGAUUGUGAUACUAGUGUAAGGACAGAGGCAAUUUCUGUUGUUUGUGAUUUGGCAAAGUUUAGUUUGAAAAACUUUCCAGAAGUGCUAAUAACUCGGGCCAUUGACCGCCUGCGUGACAAGAUGACAUCAGUGAGGAAGGAGGCACUAAAGAAGUUGCUUGAAGUUUACCGUGUGUAUUGCUCCAAGUGUCAUGAAGGACAGAUGGUGCUUAAAGAAGUUUACGAGCACAUUCCUUGUAAAAUAUUGAUGCUUUCAUUAUCUAAAAAUUUAAAGGAGUUCAGUCCGCAAAACUUGGAGCUUCUGCUCGCAGUGGAAUUAUUUCCAGCAUCUCUUCCGGCAGAUGAUAAGAUGAGACAUUGGAUCUAUCUAUACUCACUUUUCACCUCUACUCAUGUGAAGGCACUAAAUGUGAUAUUAUGUCAAAAAAGAAGGUUCCAAAGAGAGAUGCAAAACUACUUAUCCCUUCGGCUAAAAGCAAAGGGUGUCAAUACAGAAGACAUCGAUAUUAAGAUAAAAAAUGCUUUAACACGAAUGUCAGCUGCGUGCGUAAAUCCUGUCAAAGCAGAAGAGUCUUUCAAUAAGCUAAACCUUGUAAAGGAUGGUGGUGACCUUCUAUCUCGAUUGUCCCGCCUGUUGGAAGAACCAGAACCAUCAAAUGCAAUGACCUUGAGGGACAAAUUUUUGAAAGACAUUGGGAAUAAGCAUCCACUUUUUGAGUUUCUAGAGCUUCUGUCUCUGAAAUGUUUGAACAAUAUAUUUUGUUCGGAGCAUGUUCGAUAUAUUUUAAAUAAUAUAUCUAGCAACCGAUUUAGAGAUAAUCAUCAAAAAGAAUCUUCUUUCAACCUUCUUUUGGAUAUUCUCAAAAACUUUCCAAAACUUUUGAGAGGUUCAGAAGAACAAUUUAAAAUGUUGUUACUCAAGGAAGAUUCUCCAUGUUGUGAAAAAUUACUUCAGAUGUUAGCAAAUGCUGGUCCGUACAUCAAUAUUGAAAUCAGUGAAAUUUACCCACUGCUGAAGAGGUUAUGCCUGGAGGGGACUCGUGCAGAGUCAAAGACUGCUGUUUCUGUAAUUUAUGCGUUACUUGGUUCCUCUGAGCAUUUUAUUUGGUUGGAGCUGGGCCAGAAACUUUUAGAGUCACUUUAUAGUGGCUGGAACCUUCCAACUGUAUUACAGUCUCUGGGAUGUAUAUUCCAGCAUUCAGUUGUGGCAUUUCAGAAAAAGGAGAAUGAAGUCUUCUCAUAUAUCAAGGAAAGAAUUUUUGAGGACCAUCUCUAUGAAGAUGCAUUUGUGGAAGAUGAGAAAUCUGGAAGUCAAAUCUCUUUGAAUUGCCAGUUGAAAAUAUAUGGGCUCAAAACACUAGUCAAGAUAUUUAUACCAAAGAAACUUGUUCCAGGGGAAGUGCAAAUCGCUGUCUUGCUAAAUAUUUUGUCCGAAGUGUUGCUGACAAGUGAAUUUGCCGAUACCUCUGCCACAUCAUGUGAAAAUGAUAUGGCUCACCUGAGGUUAGCUGCUGCUAAAUCUGUCCUUAGGCUUUCAAGACGGUGGGAGAUGCAUAUUUCACCUCAUAUUUUUCGGUCUACUAUUCUGAUGGCAAAGGACUCUUCAUCUCUAGCACGAAAAUCAUUUCUCGAUAAAACUCUCAAGUUACUGAAAGAACAUGCUGUCUCAAGUAAAUUUGCUUGUGCAUUUGCUUUAGCAGCAUCUGAUUGUUCCAAAGACAUGCAAGAUGUGUCAUUGAAAUAUUUGUUAGAGUUCAUCAAAGAUACCAGUAAGGCAGUGCAGAACUGUUCUGCUUCAGCCAAUGAAGAAUCUAUGACAGAUAGCCCUGCAUACAUAAUGGUGUUCUUGCUCCAUGUUCUUGCCCAUGCUGCAGGAUCUUUAUGUGUAGACUCUGACAAUGAAGAAUCUAUUGCUCAAUUUUGCAGGCCUCUUCUUUUCCUUUUGCAUGUGUUGGUUGAUUCUCAAUUUGUUGAUGGAGACUUGGAUCUUGCCAACAAAAACUAUUUGCAUAUGCGAAGCAUUUUUCGGGCCAUCAGAAGAGCAGAAGAUGCUGAAGAUCCUGAGAAAACACCUAAGCUGCAUAUGUUGGCGGAGAUUGGAUUGUCUGUUUUAAAUGCUCUCAAACAUGAUAAUAUCAACUUGUCUAAUGCCCCUGGUCUGGUUCUUCUUCCUUCAUCAUUGUAUAAAACUUGUGAGACGAGGAGAUCUAAUAAGGAUACUUGCUUUCCAGCAGAAGUUGUGGUUAAUGAAAGUUUUCUGAAAAAGCUUGUUCACAUCUUGAAAUGUGAUUUAAUUCAGUUGUCCAGCUCAAAUGUUAAGCAUGGUCGAAAAUGUCUGAAAGACAAUUUGCAAGUUCAGAAUGUUGCUGAUUCAAGCAUGCCAAUUCAACAUGAAGCUCCAAAAAAUGUGAAAUCAGAUAAAGGGACUUCUGGAAAAGCAAUUCCCUUACCUUGUGUCCUAGAAGCGUGUGCUAAAGGAAAAGAACAAAAUACCACAGUCCGCUCUUCUCUGGGAGCACUGCAGUUGCAACAUGUUUCACCAAUUAUUGAGGAAGUUGUGGCUAAUGAUUUUGAAAAAAUUGCAUGUUCGAAAAAACAUCAUAUUGAGGAACUUGUAGAAGAUGGUUUUGAAAAUAUUUCAAGUGCGCAAGCAAAAGGGCAUCAUUUAGGUUCUGAAUCUGGAGUUUUGGAACUAUUUGACGUCGAGUCAGAUAUUUCUACUCAAGAGUUGGAUUUUUCACUGGUAAUUACACAAGAAAAUAGGAAACGGAAAAGUAGCAGUGAAGUUACAGAGUGUCCAGGUCACUGUGAAACGAUUACUAGAAAAGGGCGCAAUUCAGAUGGAUCUACUGAUUCCUUUUCCCAGCAGCGCGGUUCCAAUAAACAAUGCUCCAGUAACUUCGGAAUAGAUGUGGUAUCUGUUUCAGGAGAAGAUGAUGUUAGAACACAAGGAUCAGGAACGAAUAAGCGGAAAGUUCUAGUGGACAGAACCAAUUUAUUGUCCGAGAAUGGUUUGGUGAAACAUCGUCAGCCGAAAAAGAGUUGCCUGGGACUCAAAGUAUCUCUUGACACAUCAGAGUCAGAAGUUUCCUAUGAGAACAAGGAUGUGAUUGCCUUGAGAACUCGGAGACGGAAAACUUAAGUACUGGUGAUGCAGUGCAUAAUUUAUGCCAUGUAAAAUUUUGUGAAGCUAAUAUAACCAUGGAUAUAUGUAGUAUUAUAUAGGGUGCUUCUGUAAAAGUUAUGUGGUCCACUUUUGCUGGUGCGUUAGAUGCGCUUGCUUUGUGCUUCUGUAAAAAUCAUGUUAAAGAAAGUUCAGUUCGCCAUUUUAUUUUUAUGAUCUCCCAAUCUGUAAGUUUCAUUAAA